GAAGCCAGAAGUCCCGUUUGGAUGUGGAAAUCUUCCGCUGGAGCCCAGCCUCAGGGUGGCCCAGCAUGGAGACAGCCACAUCUCCGGAGGUGGCCUCGGGAUCCUCACUGAAGGUGAAAGAAGCCAGGCCAGCUGAUGCUGAACGACCCCAGGCUUCACCUCAACAGGGGGCCGGCAGCCCCAUUCCCCAGCUCCCGUCCACUAUAGAAGAGCACCCCAAGAUCUGGCUACCUCGGGCCCUGAGGCAGACCUACAUCCGCAAGGUUGGAGACACCGUGAACCUACUAAUCCCGUUUCAGGGCAAACCCAAACCUCGAGCCACGUGGACAUGUGAUGGCUGUGCCUUGGACGCCAGUCGUGUGAGUGUGCGGAAUGGGGAGCGGGACUCCAUCCUCUUCAUCCGAGAAGCCCAACGUGCAGACUCCGGUCGCUACCAGCUCAGUGUGCAGCUGGGCGAGCUGGAGGCCACCGCCACCAUUGACAUCCUGGUGAUUGAGAGGCCAGGCCCUCCUCAGAGUGUCAAGUUGGUGGAUGUUUGGGGCUCCAACGCUAUCCUGGAGUGGACACCUCCCCAAGACACAGGCAAUGUGGCACUCCUGGGAUACACGGUGCAGAAGGCUGACACAAAAUCUGGGCUAUGGUUCACAGUACUGGAACGUUAUCAUCGCACCAGCUGCACUGUCUCCAACCUCAUUGUCGGCAACUCCUACACAUUUCGAGUCUUUGCUGAGAACCAGUGUGGACUCAGUGAGACAGCCCCCAUCACUGCCGACCUUGCCCACAUCCAGAAAGCAGCUACUGUUUACAAGACAGAGGGGUUUGCCCAGCGAGAUUUCUCUGAAGCCCCAAAGUUCACCCAGCCUCUGGCAGACUGCACUACAGUCACUGGCUAUGACACCCAGCUCUUCUGCUGUGUCCGCGCCUCUCCCAAGCCAAAGAUCAUCUGGCUGAAGAACAAGAUUGACAUCCAGGGCAACCCCAAGUACAGAGCCCUCACUCACCUGGGAAUCUGCUCCCUAGAAAUUCGCAAGCCUGGUCCCUUUGACGGGGGCAUCUACACCUGCAAGGCGGUUAACCCCCUGGGGGAGGCGUCUGUGGACUGUCGGGUGGACGUGAAAGCUCCUCAUUGAAGCUCCCUAAGAGGACAUGGCAACUCUGAGGAAGGAAGCCUGAUUGUGCUGAGAUUGUGUUCUUGAGGAGCUCCAGUCCAGUGUCUGGUUUGGAC